AUGCCUUUUGGAUUAAAUGUAUCUUCUAAGAACACACUAAUAUUUAGUUGCAUCGCUGGUGGCAUUGCCGGCCUUGUCUAUUCCAGUAAAAGAUGCGCCCAAGAUACCAAAGCCGGACUUACCCAACGAGUUUCUUUCCUCGCCGAUAGACCAAAUGAAAACUUAAAAAAAUUCGAACCCACACCCACUGAAGAAAUUAAUUAG